AUGGCGCAAUCGACCGCGCACCGUCGGCUGCUGCAGGAGUACCGGGCGCUGACCAACAAUCCGCCCGAGGGCAUCACGGCGGGGCCGGUAUCCGAGGACGACCUGCUGUACUGGGAGGCGCUGAUACAGGGUCCCGACGGGACGCCGUUCGAGGGCGGCAUCUUCCCCGCCGAGCUGCGCUUCCCAAGGGACUACCCGCUGGCGCCGCCGACCAUGAAGUUUCUGGGCGAGGUGUGGCACCCAAAUGUGUACCCUAGUGGCGUGGUAUGCAUCUCAAUCCUGCAUCCGCCAGGUGACGACCCGAACCACUAUGAGCAUGCGUCAGAGCGCUGGUCGCCGAUCCAGUCCGUCGAGAAGAUACUGAUCUCGGUCAUGAGCAUGCUGGCGGAGCCCAACGACGAGAGUCCUGCCAACGUCGAGGCCGCCAAGAUGUGGCGAGAGCGACGAGACGAGUACGAGAAGAAGGUGCGCGAUGGCGUGCGGCGCAUGCUUGGUCUUUGA